CUCUGCGCUCCCUCUGACUCGCGUUCGCUCGCGCGGUCUCCGCUCGGCCGCUGCCAUCCUCGAUUCCUCGCUCGCAGUAGCUGUGCAUCGCGUCGCGUCUCGGCGCCGACGGAUCCGCCCCUGCGUGCGCUCGGUGUCCCGUGCUCCACCACCACCCCCACACACCCCAAUCGCCGUCCGGCCGCCCGCCGCCGCACCCUGCUAGGGUUUCGGCCAGGCCCCCGGACCCGCCGCCGCCGGUGGAUUCGCGUCUCCGGCCGCGGUGCCUCGAGCCGCACGGGCAACCUCGGACCUGAUACGCUCGCUGCACUUCUGCAAUCCGAAGGACUCGGACUGCAGCACGCACAAUUCUUCUUCAGUCUGCUGGACUGCAGCCACGCACAAACCGUAGCUGCCCACUCAAUUGUACUUCAGAUAGCAUCUUCUUUGAUUGUCCUCUUUUGCAUACUCUUGUUGACGGUGCUAUCAUAUUCUUGAAAACCUUCCAUGCUGUCCAUCUGAGCAUUCUUCUAUCUCUGCAUUUGUCCCUUAACAGUCACUUGCUUUGAGGUUCCAUUUUCCAUGUGGAUACCCAUGGCUGAAUCCAGUUUGAGAUUAUUACAUACCUUUUGUUCUAGCUGUUUCUGUUAUUUUUCUUUCUAUCCAUACAUUAUCACUUUGCUCCCCCAAUAUUAUUGCUUCCUGUGCUCUUUCCAAAGUUUCCUUGGAACUUUGAGCUUUGGAAGAUGCCAAGGAGAACAGGAAAUGCUACUUCGACCAAAUCAGUUGAAUUGAUCAAACAAGACCAAUUGGAGUUUGAUGAUCCUGAUGAGGUAGAUGAGGAGGAAGAAGUUGAGUAUGAAGAAAUUGAGGAGGAGGUUGAGUAUGAAGAGGUAGAGGAUGAAGAUGAUAACGAGGAGGAGGGGGAGGAAGAUGAGGAGGAUGAGGAUGAGGAGGAGGAGGAGGAGGAGGAGGAGGAGGAAGAGGAGGAAGAAAUUGAAGGUGUGCGUGAAGUUGAUCCUAAUCAUGACAGUAAAAUGGUGGUUGAUGAUCCGAAGGAUGAGAAUGAAAAAGAGAAGCAUGCUGAGCUUCUUGCUCUUCCUCCUCAUGGAGCUGAAGUUUAUGUUGGGGGGCUCUCCUCUGAUGUAUCUUCUGAAGAUCUCAAACGACUGUUUGAAUCUGUUGGAGAAGUUGUGGAAGUGCGAAUGCGAGGAAAGGGGGAUAACAAGGCGUAUGCUUUUAUUAAUUUCAGAACUAAAGAGAUGGCUUUAAAGGCCAUCCGAAAGCUGUGCAAUAAAGACCUAAAGGGAAAGAAGAUAAAAGUUUCAUCCUCUCAGGCUAAGAAUAGGCUAUUUAUUGGGAAUGUACCCCGUGAUUGGACACCUGAUGAUUUCAAAACUGCAGUGGAAGAAGUUGGCCCUGGAGUUUUACAAGUUGAUCUCAUGAAGGCACCAGGCUCAGGUCGCAAUAAGGGUUAUGGCUUUAUUGAAUACUACAACCAGGCAUGUGCAGAGUAUGCUAAGCAGAAGAUGUCUACCCCAGAAUUCAAACUAGAUACAAAUGCUCCUACUGUCAGCUGGGCAGAUCCUAAGAAUGCUAAUGAAGCUACAUCUACUGCACAGGUUAAAUCUCUAUAUGUCAAAAACAUCCCCAAGACUGUUACUCAAGAGCAGCUGAAAAAGCUGUUUGAGCAUGUUGGAGAAAUUACAAAAGUUGUUAUUCCUCCUGCAAAAUCUGGACAUGAAAAUCGGUAUGGUUUUGUUCAUUUUAAGGAACGGUCCAUGGCUAUGAAGGCUUUGAAGAACACUGAGAGAUAUGAACUUGAUGGUCAGCUGCUGGAUUGUUCACUUGCAAAACCUCCUGCUGAUAAGAAGGAUGAUACUGUAUCAGCACCUACUGCAAAAGGAGCUCCAUUACUCCCAAGUUAUGCCCCACUUGGAUAUGGACUGGUGGGAGCUUAUAAUCCACUUGGAAAUGGAUUGGCAGGUGCUUAUAAUCCCCUUGGAAGUGGACUAGCAGGUGCUUAUGGUGUGCUUUCUGCUCGUGCUGCACAGCCAAUGUUGUAUGCUCCAGGUGCUCCUCCAGGUUCAACAAUGAUCCCAAUGGUCCUACCAGACGGCCGUCUUGUAUAUGUACCACAGACUGCAGGGCAGCAGCCUGUGCAUGUGACUUCGCCUCCGCCACAGCAAGGUGGUCGUCGAUUUGGCGGUAGCGGCAGUAGCAGCGGUGGUGGUGGAUCCAGCUCUGGCGGGAAGCGACAGAGGGGAGAUGACCGCAGGGGCCGGCACCGUCCAUAUUGAUGUUUGCGCUGAUUAUAGCAAUUAGAAGUUAGAACCUUAGCAGUUAGCAUUAUUUGUGGCAGUACCAUGCUGCAAACUGUACUUCAGUUAUUCGUUUUCUGGUGUGCCUCGUAAUAAGAAUGAUAGUACCCGCAAGUGGCAGAUGGUACUGUGGUAGUAUAGUCUAUACAUUCGUUAAUCUCGAAGAAUGUGUUCUACUCUACAUCACUACAUUUCUGUUUGAGCACCUUUGGGGUGUUCAGCUUUGAGUAUAGCCUAUUUCGUUGCC